AUGAAGUCAUUUUGUUUCUGGUGCUGUGGGCCACCGGCGACCACGAGCCCCUCCAGUUCGACGUGCCCGCCAUGCUCUAGGGCAAGAACCCGCCUGCCCAACAACAUCCAGGGCUCCAUCAUCGACCACCGCGGCUACUUCCUGCCCGCCGCCUCGGGUACUUUCUUGCUCUCGUCGGAGCGCGUCGACGACGUCGGCCUCUUCUGGGUCGGCGAGAAGGCCCGCGGCCUGUACCCCCGUCUUCGAAGCUGA